CAAUUGUUGCAGCUACAACACCACAACAUGAAGAUCAAAGCCCUUUCUCGCCCUUCGUCCUUGGCGCAGGCCCCUGGGUCUGAUGUGCAACGGACGCCACGAAACCUGGAUCCGGCGUUACAUCCAUUUGAACGUGCUCGCGAAUACACCAGGGCUCUGAAUGCGACCAAGAUGGAGCGAAUGUUUGCUGCGCCCUUCAUUGGUGACUUGGGAAAAGGCCAUGUCGAUGGGGUAUAUACAAUGGCAAAGGAUCCGACCAAUCUUCAGAGAUUUGCGAGUGGUAGCGGUGACGGAGUAGUCAAAGUCUGGGAUUUGACAAGCCGAGACGAGACCUGGAAUACAAGUGCGCACGAGAAUAUCGUCAAGGGAAUGUGCUGGACUCAAGAUUCGAAGGUUCUCACAUGCGCUUCAGACCGAUCAAUCAAACUCUGGUUCCCCUACGACACACCUUCUGGAUCUGCACCGACCGCCACCUGGCUUGGAAGCAAUGCCUUCACGAGUUUAUCAUCUCACAGAUCGAAGGCGUCCUUUGCUGCUUCAUCGGGAGUCAUCUCAAUAUAUGAUCUCUCGAGACAUACUGCUCCGCCGGAAGUUCUGCAUUGGCCGACUUCAACAGAUACCAUCACAACAGUAUCAUUCAAUCAAAUAGAGACUUCAAUCUUGGCAUCAUGUGCAACAGAUCGAUCCAUAGUUCUCUAUGACCUCCGAACAUCUAUGCCCCUUGCAAAAACCAUCCUUAACUUUACGUCAAAUGCGAUUUCUUGGAAUCCCCAGGAAGCUUUUAACUUUGCUGUUGCAAAUGAAGAUCACAACAUCUACGUAUUUGAUAUGAGAAAGAUGGACAGAGCACAGAAUGUUCUCAAAGAUCAUGUGGCAGCUGUAAUGGAUGUGGAAUUUAGCCCAACUGGAGAAGAGUUGGUGUCAGCAUCUUACGACAGGACUAUCCGGUUAUUUUCCAAGAUGAAAGGUCAUUCCCGAGAUGUCUAUCACACAAAGCGGAUGCAAAGAGUCUUCAGCACGAAAUGGUCUCCUGACUCCAAGUACAUUUUGUCAGGAUCUGACGAUGGCAACAUUCGCUUAUGGCGAGCAAAUGCUUCCAAGCGAGAAGGUGUUAAGUCGGCAAGACAACGCCAGGCUUUGGAGUACAAUGAAGCUUUGACGGAGAGAUAUGCACAUAUGCCUGAGAUCAGACGCAUUCAACGGCACAGACAUAUACCCAAGGUUAUUAAGAAGGCUGGCGAGAUCAAGAGUGAGGAGCUCAAAGCUAUCAAGCGCAGACAAGAGAAUGAGCGAAAGCAUAGUAAGAAGCAAUUCCAAAAGAGGCGGCCGGAGAGAGAGAAGAUGGUCCUGGCAUCAGAAAAGUGAUUUUGGGUGGGGUAAAUCUGGUGGCGUUACGGGCACUUUCAGCAUUUUUGUGGCGUUGGCUUUGUAAAUGAUACCACAUAUAACAGGUCUAUAAGUCGUAGAUGAGAGAGAGUUAUUUUCAACCUUUCAAUGAACCAAGAAUCGUG